AGCCCGACACUCAGCUAAACACACAAGCAAGAAGAGGGGGCUUUGUGAGGCGGUGGCUCCGGGAAAUCGGGGCCCUAAGAUCGUCCUUAUCCCAGAAUCUGCGAGACACGGGGGAACAGAGUCAGCGUCAGCGAGAGCCCGAGCUGGAGUGGGUUUGCUGGCCGACCAGACGGCGAUGGAGGCCGGAAGGGGAAAGGGAAAGGGAAAGGCGCGCGUGCUGAAACAAAGGCAAGUCCUGACCUUCUUUGUUUUGCUGGGCAUAGCUCAGGCUCGUUCGGGGCCUGGGCACUAUUCGGUGGCCGAGGAAACGGAGAGUGGCUGCUUUGUGGCCAAUUUGUUAAAAGACCUGGGGCUGGAGGUAGGAGAAUUAGCUGCGCGGGGACCCCGGGUCGUUUCCAAAGGGAAAAAAUUGCGCUUGCAGUUGGAUAGGCAGACCGGGGAUCUGCUGUUAAAUGAGAAGCUGGACCGGGAGGAGCUGUGCGGCCCCGCCGAGCCCUGUGUGCUGCCUUUUCAGGUGUUGUUGGAAAAUCCCUUGCAGUUUUUUCAGGCCGAGCUACGCGUUAGGGAUAUAAAUGAUCAUUCCCCGAUUUUUCUAGACAAGGAAAUUAUUUUGAAAAUUUCAGAAGGUAUUCCUCCUGGAACGACUUUCCUAAUAGAGCGUGCCCAAGACUUAGAUGUAGGAAGCAACGGUCUCCAAAAUUACACCAUCAGCCCCAAUAUCCACUUCCAUCUUAAGUUGCAAGGGAGUCCCGAUGGCACAGUACUACCACAGCUGGUGCUGGACAAAGCCCUGGAUCGAGAGGAGGAGCCUGAGAUCAGGUUAACCCUCACGGCGCAGGACGGCGGGACUCCGCCCAGGUCUGGCACCGCCCUGGUCCGCAUUGAAGUUGUAGACGUCAACGACAAUGCUCCCGAGUUUGCACAGCUGCUGUAUGAGGUGCAGGUGCCAGAGAACAGCCGGAUUGGAUCCCACGUGGCCACUGUCUCUGCUAGGGAUUCAGACAUUGGAACUAAUGGACAAAUAUCUUACAUAUUUUCCCAAGCCUCUGAAGACAUUCGCAAAACCUUUCAAAUAAAUGCAAAGUCGGGAGAACUUAUUCUAACGCAGGAACUGGAUUUCGAAUCUAUUCAGACUUACACAGUAAAUAUCCAGGCGAUCGAUGGUGGAGGUCUUUCUGGAAGUUGUGUGGUGUUCGUCCAAGUGAUGGACUUGAACGACAACCCUCCAGAACUGAGCAUCUCAACACUCAUCAGUCAGAUCCCAGAAAACUCGCAGGAAACUGUAAUUGCUGUAUUCAGUGUUUCAGAUCCUGACUCGGGGGACAACGGAAGGAUAGUUUGCUCCAUCCAAGAUGACCUUCCUUUCUUCCUGAAACCCUCUGUAGAGAACUUUUACACCCUUGUUGCAAACGCAGCCCUGGACAGGGAGGCCAGGGCCGAGUACAACAUCACCAUCACCGUGUCCGACCUGGGCACGCCCAGGCUGACGACCCGGCACCACGUCGCGGUGCAGGUGUCCGACGUGAACGACAACGCCCCGGUCUUCAGCCAGGCCGCCUACACCCUGCUGGUGCGCGAGAACAACAGCCCCGGGCUGCUCAUCGGCUCCGUGAGCGCCAGCGACAGGGACGCGGGCGCCAACGCGCAGCUCACCUACUCGCUGCUGCCGCCGCCGCCCCAGCAGCAGCCGCAGCCUCAGCCGCCCCAGCCGCCGCAGCCCGACGUGGCGGCGCUCGUGUCGGUGCACGCGGACAGCGGGCAGCUGUACGCGCUGCGCGCGCUCGACUACGAGGCCCUGCGCGCCUUCGAGUUCGGCGUGCGCGCCGCCGACCGCGGCUCCCCGGCGCUGAGCAGCGAGGCGCGCGUGCGCGUGCAGCUGCUGGACGCCAACGACCACGCGCCGGCCGUGCUGUACCCGCCGGCCAACGGCUCGGCCGCCUGCCCCGAGCUGGUGCCGCGCGCGGCCGACGCGGGCUACCUGGUGAGCAAGGUGGUGGCGGUGGACGGCGACGCGGGCCAGAACGCCUGGCUGUCGUUCGAGCUGCUCAAGGCCACGGAGCCCGGGCUGUUCGGCGUGUGGGCGCACAGCGGCGAGGUGCGCACGGCGCGGCCGCUGAGCGAGCGCGACGCGGCCCGGCAGCGGCUGCUGGUGCUGGUGCGGGACCACGGCGAGCCGCCGCUGUCGGCCAGCGUCACGCUGCACGUGCUGCUGGUGGACGGCUUCUCGCAGCCCUACGUGGCGCUGCCCGACGCGGCGGCGGCGGCCGAGCCGGCGCGGCCCGACUCGCUCACGGUGCAGCUGGUGGUGGCGCUGGCGGCGGUGUCGUCGCUCCUGGUGCUGAGUGUGCUGGCGCUGGUGGCGGCGCGGCUGUGCGGCGGGGACGGGGGCGGGGGCGGGGUGGGUGGCGGGGCGGGGUGUGCGCUUGGCGUUGGCGGCGUUGGCGGCGGUGCGGGUGGGGAGGGCCGCUUCCCGGGGCCGCUGCUGGACGUGAGCGGCGGCGGGACGCUGUCGCACAGCUACCAGUACGAGGUGCGCCUGACGGGCGACGCUGGGACCGGGGAGUUCAAGUUCAUGAAGCCCAUUAGCCCCAACUUCCUUGUUAACGGUGCAGAUAGAGUUAAUGAGACAAACCCGAGUUUCCGAAAUAGCUUCGAAUUCAGUUAAAUAUAAAUAAA